CUUUGUGACCAUGCUCCUUCGAAAGUUUGUAAACAUCUAUCUAGUUUUAUCGCAAAAGUAGCCGCUGGCAGCUCGCUGAGCUAGCGACCACAAAAACGGCGUAAUUGUGAAAUACUGUACUGUAUAUUUGUUGUUGUUGAAAAACGUACUUUUAAAAUUACAGCAAUUGUAGAAGGAUAUCAUAUAGCAGCAUUAUGGAAGUGGAAAAGAUUAAGGAAAUCACUGAAGAACAAUUCAUGGAGCUUUUGUCAGUUGUUUCAGACUGGUAUGACAAGCAUAAUCUAGUCAGUGCCCUGAAGGUUUUGUACACAGAUCACGUGCCUAAUAAGUUUGAGGUGCAUAAAGCAGACAAAACAAGAGACUUACUGGAAUUGUUGAUUAGUUCUGGUGAUAUAGAUUCAACGGAUAUUUCCUUAAUAUAUGAUACAAUUAUUGCAACUAACCAUUUUGGCUUGGUAAAGGAGUUAAAAAAACGAAUACCUUCAUUCCCAAAUGUAAAGGAAAUGAAUAUAUCAAAACUUGAAAUCCACCGACAAAGACUAAUAAAUCUUGCAAAAACGCUGUGCUUGGAGGAUACUGAGAAAAUCAGUGGCUACUAUAUUACUCCAGUAAAGAAAUAUACAGACAGCUGGAGUUUGAUUAUGGAUCUUGAAAAACAAAGGAUAAUUUGUGCCGACAAGAUGGAGUCAUUCAUCAAAAAACUGAGGGAUCUUGGCCUACAUUCGGCUGUUGAAGCACUUGAAAGUGAACCUAAAAGCGGAUGUACUCCACCAGAUUGUGCAGCAAUUGAUGUGACAGUAAAACCUAAGUCUGAAACUGAGCCUGUUGAAUACAUUGAAUCUCCUCUUUUCUUACUUGAAAAAGUUUUAAACAAUGUUGGAAAACUUAAGUUUGAAGAAUUUAAGCAAUUUAUCAAGGUGCAUAAAGAGAUUGCAAUAUAUUUUCAAGAAAUUCAAGCAAGUGUUUGUAACAUAAGUACGGGAAGCCUAGUAUUUCAUCUAACUGUAUCGGAUCCUGCUGCUUUACAGUUUUUAUGGAAAAUACAUAAAAGUAAAGAUCUCAUUAAACAUUUAGCAAAGCUAUUAGUGUCGAAGAAGUUUCAGCAGGAUUUUUUAGAUAAGUGGACCACAGAAAUUGACAGAGAUCAAUAUGAAGCUGGUCUCAGAAAACUUGAAUGGAAAGAAAAGCUAAAUAUUGCCACACCAGAAGAGACAUACCAUAUGACCUCUACAACCUCUAAGAGAACAGCACAGAUGUCGACAAGAGAUGCGGAACACAAGCUACAUGAACCACCAAAUCCAAAGAAGAUAAAAUUGGAAACACCAGAGGUGUCAAGAGAUGAAACAUACACCACACAGCUAGCUGAACUAAGUCAAAAGACAAAUCCAUUUACUGCAGUGAAUUGCCAGCAGGAUUUACCCAAUAAUGAAUGUGAAAAACAAAACCUUCAAACACCUUCUGAGACAGAGCAAGUAGAAAAGAUAAAACAAGUUAAACAAACAAAUCUGAUACAACUGGAGAAAAUUAUGAACCUUAAAGUUGAAUUGGAGAUGCUCAAGAAAAGAAAAUCGAUAAAGGAGCAGAAAAGUCUGGAGAAAAUCAAACAAGAAAUUAUGCAACGUAAGAAGGUACUGAGAUUAGUGUUUCUCUUCAGUCUGCGACUACAAAGUCUUAAAUACAACUACGGUACUAAAGAUCAGUGUCUGACUGAUGCCUUGGCGGAUGAGAUAGAACAAGUUCAUCAAAAAAUCGAGAUACAAAAGAAUAGUGUAAGGGAACUUGAAGAUGAACUGUACUAUAUAAAGAUGUCCAAGAUAGAAGACUCUAUUGAAGUGCAGAAAAAUCAGGCUAGAAUCGAACAAGAAAUUGAGCAACGUAUGAAAGAGGACAAAUCACAGAGAUUAGUGAUUCAGAAAUUACUAAGUCAUAAGUGGGAUCUUGAGACACAACAUGAGAAUUUAGAAAGGAGUAUGGCUGAUGCCUUGAUGGACAAGAAUAUGUUCAAGAAAGAAGACUCAAAAGGGGAGCUCAAGAAAUAUGAUAAAUUUGAACAAGAACUAAUUAUGCAACGCAAGGAGAAAAUAUUUGUGAUUUGUUUCUGGCUGCAACUACGAAGUCUUCAAAGCAACCUUGAGACUAACAGUCAACAUACUUUUGAUGCUCUAUUAAUGGGCAAGAUAGAAAAAGAAAGACAAAAAUAUCAGGUGCAAAGGGAGAAAACACAGGACCUUCAAGCUAAGUUGAUGUCCAGGAAAGAAAUUAAGCAAAGCAAUGAUGCAGUAAAGUCACAGAAAUUAGUAAUUCAGCAAUUAGAAAUUCUUCAGCGGAAUCUAAAAAGGUGUAUGGCUGAUAUGCUGACAAGCAAGAUGUUUGAAAGAGAAGACUCAGAUGAAACAAAACAAUUACCAAGGUCCAUGGUUUGUGAGGAUGAAGGUCCUCCUAAAAAAGAGAUGAAAAUGGGACCAUCUGAGAUGUACGAGCGUAGCGAAGACUUCACAUUUUAAUUUGUAGCUAGGGACCAUCAUGACAUUGAUUAAAGCAAGGAUUACAGCUCAAGUUUUCAUUUCAGGAAUUCAUCCAAUAGAAAUGAACAUUGUUAAAUACAGUAUAAUAUAAUCAAUAAUCAAUGAGAUUCAAGAGUUAUUUUUCAUUAAAUUUAAUUGUAAAUACUUUGAUUUGAUGUUUAUUUUUAAAUAAAAAUCUAUUGAAAAAAACAUUAUUU